AUGGAGUGGGUUUUAGGCUCUAAGCUGCUGCUGCUGCUGCUGUGGGCAACCUGCUGUGAAUCUGCUGAAGGAAAUGAAGCAAAUAAAAAAAAAGAUGACACAACAAUUAUUGAGGUGAACAAUGGUGGCCCCUGGGGUGACUGGGCCUGGCCAGAUAUGUGUCCUGAUGGAUUCUUCGCUGGUGGCUUCUCACUCAAGGUGGAGCCGCCUAAAGGCAUUACUGGAGAUGACACGGCUCUGAAUGGAAUUCGGCUGCACUGCACUAGAGGGAAUGCAGAGCGUAACACUCGAGUGGUGGAGUCCCAGUCUGCAAGGUGGGGUGCGUGGAGUGAACCUCAGUGGUGUCCUGGCAGCAGCUUCCUUGUGGCCUUUUCGCUACGGGUAGAAGACACAUCUAAGGGGGACAACACUGCUGCCAAUAACGUGCGCUUCCGCUGCUCUGAUGGCACCGAGGUGGAGGGACCCGGUCUGUCCUGGGGCACCUAUGGAAACUGGAGUAACUCAUGCGUCAAAGGUGUGUGCGGUUUGCAGACCAAGAUUCAGAGUCCCAGGGGCCUCCGUGAUGAUACUGCACUAAAUGAUGUGCGCUUUUUCUGCUGCAAAAGUUGAUGAAGCAGAUACAGCAGCUUCCGUUUUCUCCUGCCCACCGCCCCAUCCCCAAUGUAUCCCACCUCCUGCUAUUAAAGCUUCUCUAUCUGGCCUUUA